GUUUUUCAUUCAUUCUUGUUUGUUUGCUUUUACUUUGUGCAGUCCUCUUGCUUGCUUCCUUCCCCCCCCCCCCACAUUCAGAUGUUGCUGCUGUCGCUGCUGGUCGUCCUUCCAUCAUCGCUCGCUGUCUGCUAUGCAUCAGGCACGGACGUCCUUCCCUUGCUCAUCCCGACGCCACUGGCAAUCAAUGCGGCGCUCUCUGUCGCUGCGUUCAUCGCAACACUGCAGCUCAUCCCUGCACUCUCGUCGCUCUUUGUCAACGCCGGCUUGUUUGGCAUGGACCUCAACAAACCCAUCCAAAACCGCGUCAAAGUCCCCGAGGCGCUCGGCGUGAUCUGCGGCGCCGUGUACCUGAUCUGCCUGUUCUUCUUCAUCCCGUUCCCCUUCAUUGAGAAUCUGCCGGAUGACGUGGCCGAGCCAGUCAGCGACGCGCUCCUCCUCCACGAUGGCGAUCGCGCAGCAGCCAACGCAGCGUACGAAGCGCUCGUCGUGCUCCACAAUGAGAAGAAUCAGAGAAUGUUCAGAAGCUUCCUUGGAGCAUUGCUGUCUAUCUGCUGCAUGAUCUUCCUGGGCUUUGCGGACGACGUGCUCAACUUGCGCUGGCGACACAAGCUGAUGCUGCCAACGAUUGCCACCCUCCCCAUCCUAAUGGUGUACUUUGCCAACCAUGGCGUCACCUCGGUGAUCUUCCCCAAGUUUGCAAUGCCAUUCCUUCCCUCCUUCAUGCUGCAAUCCGACCAAACCGUGUUUUUGGGACCCCUGUACUACGUUUUCAUGGGCAUGAUUGCCGUCUUUUGCACCAACGCCAUCAACAUUCUCGCUGGAAUCAACGGCCUUGAAGCCGGCCAGUCCAUCGUCAUUGCCAUAUCCAUCGCCAUCAACAAUGCCGUCCAAAUCUUCCUGAUCCAAGACGCCGAUGUUCAAAACCACCUCUUUUCCCUGUAUCUGAUGCUUCCGUUUAUUGCCACCACAGCCGCACUGCUUUGGUGGAACUGGUUCCCAUCGCGUGUCUUUGUCGGCGAUACCUUUUGCUACUUUGCAGGCAUGACGUUUGCUGUCGUUGGCAUCCUGGGCCAUUUCAGCAAGACGCUGCUCUUGCUCUUCAUUCCCCAAGUGCUCAAUUUCGUGUAUUCUUUGCCUCAACUCUUCCACUUGGUUCCUUGCCCACGUCACCGCAUGCCAAAAUUUGACCCUGCCACCGGGCUCGUGGGGAAUAGCCACGCGUAUUUCAAAAUGUCAGAGCUUUCGGGAGUGGGUCGCAUCAUUGUCACCACUAUGCGCAUCUUCCGGCUUGUGACAUACAAGGAGCUGUCGCAGCAAGACUAUGUGCUCGCCUUAGCAGCAGAGCAGGCCAGCAAAACGGGCGCAGACCUUGGCAAAGGCCGUGCCGAAGCCACGACUUUACCCAAACCCGAACCUCAGCCACCGGCCACCCCACGCGCAACACGGGCUCUCAAACGCAACCAACCACCUCACCAGUCGGACGAUGCAUCCAGCAGCGCCUCAAAGCCCGAAGAACCAAUCAUCCAAAUGAGCAAUCUCACCCUCAUCAACUUUUCGCUCAUGCUGACUGGUCCGCAAAAAGAAGGGCAAGUCACCUGCAAUCUGCUCCUUUUCCAAGCCGUCUGCUCGGGCAUUGCGUUCUUCAUCCGGUAUUAUAUUGCGGCAUGGCUGUACCGCGAUGUUUAGACGCCGUUUGUUGUGUCCUUUGUCAUUGAUUCAAAUAAGUUGAUAUUUUAUUGUUAUCCUG